UUGCAUAUACUUUCAUCGAAAACCAUUAUCAAAUUAAGUACCCUUUCUUUAAUUAUAGUUGUCCACAUUAUAGUUGAGAAAUCAUGGCCCAAUCUCUGUUAUUCAAAGUCAAGAGGAGUGAACCUGAAUUGAUAAGUCCAUCAAAACCCACUCCUCAUGAAAUAAAACGACUCUCAGACAUAGAUGACCAACAAUCUUUACGCUUUCAUGUUCCUUUGAUACAAUUUUACAACUAUAAUCCAAUUAUGGAAGGCAAAGACCCUGUUGUUGUUAUUAGAAAAGCCCUUGCGAAAACGCUUGUGUUUUAUUAUCCAUUGGCAGGUAGGUUGAGGGAAGGUCCCGGCAGGAAACUUAUGGUUGAUUGUACUGGAGAAGGUGUUUUGUUUAUUGAAGCUGAUGCUGAUGUUACUCUUAAACAAUUUGGUGAUGCACUUCAUCCUCCAUUUCCAUGCUUGGGUGAGCUUAUCUAUGAUGUUCCUGGUUCUUCAGAUGUUCUUAACACUCCAUUGCUGCUUAUUCAGGUAACACGCCUCAAAUGUAGAGGUUUCAUUUUUGCUCUUCGUUUCAACCAUACAAUGACUGAUGGAUCAGGUAUAGUUCAAUUCAUGAGUGCUUUAGCAGAAAUAUCUCAGGGUAUGAGAAAACCUUCAAUCUCACCAGUGUGGUGCAGAGAAAUUCUAAGCGCAAGGGAUGCACCAAGAGUGACGUGUACUCAUCGUGAAUACGAACCAGAACCUGACAACAAAGCAAACACAUUUUCCUUAGAUGACAUGGUCCACCAUGCUUUCUUCUUUGGUGCAACCGAGGUAGCCGCAAUUCGUUCUCUACUUCCACCUCAACAACAACAAAAAUACUCCAAUUUUGAAAUCAUCACAUCAUAUUUUUGGCGUUGUCGUACACUAGCGUUACAACUAGAUACUAACGAAGAAGUUCGCAUAAUCUGCAUCGUCGAUGCACGUAGCAAAUUUGUUAACCUACUUGUACCAAAUGGUUACUAUGGUAACGCUAUAGCGCUUCCCGCUGCAAUUACAACUGUAGGAAAACUAAUUGAAAACCCAUUGACGUAUGCACUGGAUUUAGUUAAGAAAGCAAAAGCUAAUGUCACCGAAGAGUACAUGCAUUCCAUGGCAGAUUUAUUGGUAAUCAAGGGUAGACCUCAUUUUACUACAGCGAAUGCUUGUUUAGUGUCUGAUGUUACACGUGCUGGAUUUAGAGAUGUUGAUUUUGGUUGGGGGAAAGCUGUUUAUGGAGGAUUAGCUAGAGCAGGAGAUGGUACUAAUCCUGGUAUUUCUACCAUUUAUAUACCUUUUAAAAAUGCUAAAGGAGAGGAAGGUUUUGUUAUACCAGUUUUUUUUCCAACUCAAGUCAUCGAGAGGUUGGUUAAAGAGUUGGAUAAAGUUCUUAAGAACAACAUUAACUCGCCUACUAUGGGUGAUAGAAAAUCUGGAAUCAUUAAUUCUUCGUUGUAGUCCUUAUUACGAUCUAAUUUAAAUAUUUUCUUGACGAGUUAAAUGUAUAAUUUAUCUUUUUAAAUUGCAAGCAAGACAUUUGGUAACAUUAAUGACUAACUUGAUCCAUACUUUUGGUGGGUUAGGUCUUCAUUGUAUAUCUAUCUAUCUGUAUAUCUAUAUUUAUGGCUAUAUUAUAUAUAAAGAAAUGAGAAUGUUAAUGAGUG